AUCAAAAUUUAGGUAUGCCUCCUCCGGCAAUGCUUUCGUUUGAUGAUGGCUCAGAUAACGAGUGGAAGGGUUUCACAGUUUUCCCUGAAGAAAACCCUUGCCCUAACCCUAACUAUUAUCUUAACUUCUUGGUGAAGAAGGCAAUUCUAGAGGGUGAGAAAACAACGGGUCCUAUUUUCUCCCGUCCUUCGGAAAGAGAAGACAGCUUCAGAAUGGUAUUACCUCCAGCCAUGCCUCCGCCUAGAGACUCAGCCGUACCGCUUCCUAUGCUCCCUGAGCCGAUGAGGAUCCGGAAGAAACUUAGCCCCCAAGAAUCAUCCCAUUUUACGAGGAAGUCUCGUUACUCGGACAAAACCUUCUGCAAGGAAGAAGAUUUCAAAUGUAACGCCUUCUGUUUGUCUCUACCUGGCUUCGGGAAACAAAAGUCGAAAUGCCAAGAUUCGAUGGAGAAUAAGAUGAUCUGUACAUCUUCUUUCACUAACUCUACUGUUUCAACACGCUCCUCGGUCGAGAUAUUCGAAUGCGGUUCCUGGGCCUCGACGACAGCCCUGAUGCAAGAUAACGGAGGAAGAUAUGUGCAAGAACUGGUGACUUCACGGUCGUCAAUAAGAGAUUACCAGAGAUCGGCUGAGACUUCACCGCAACGCCGUGUGAGAUUUUCCACACCUUCUUCGGCUUCGGUUUCUUGCCCUACUUCGCCGCGGUCUUGUAUCACCCCACGAUUGCGUAAGGCUAGGGAUGACUUUAAUGCCUUCUUGUCCGCUCAAGACGCUUGAAUAUGGAAGAAAGAAAAAACAGACACCAAGACUUUUUUUUAAUGGAAGUAUGUUGUGUGUAUGAUUUGUGUAUUAAUCUGAGAUUAUCUUCAUGUUUGUUUCAUAUUCUGUUUUG